AUGGGGACGACGUCAUCGCGCCCGGCUCCGCAGCGCUACCCCGUCCCGCCGGGACAGGCGUACUACGGCCAGCCCGCGCCCGCGAACAACGGGCAGCUCUACGGCCAGUUCAAUCAGCGCCCCGCGGCGCAGCCCAACAACUUCGUGAUGCCCGCGCCCUACGGCGUACAGCAGCAGCAACAGCAGCAGCAGCAGCAGCAGCAGCAGCAGCAGGGCGGCGAGCAGACCACGCGCACGUCCACGAUCCGUAACCACGUCAACCUCAAGAAGAACACGCUCGCCGUCCACCCCGUGGGGGGGGGCGGCGGUUCCAAACUAAGGGUAACGUUCGACUUUGACGCCAACGUCGAGUGCUGGGCUUCGGUUUUUCUCGCGGCGUGCGAAAACCCGAAGGAGGGUUGCGCGCUCUCGCUUCCGCACGGCGACCGCGCUCGUCCGGCGCGGAGCAAGCACCGGCGGGGUCUCGGCCAGGCGUUCGACGAGCCCACUGGGGUUUUGGACCUCGACUCGGUUCCCGCCGACGCGUUGACGACGGCGUCGCCGAACUCGUAUCCGCUCGUGAUUCGGCUGGAGUGCGUCACCGGCGUCCCGCCCGGGCACGACGGGGGCUUGGACACCGUGUCGCUGCCGGAACCCGCGGGCGCCAAGCUGGAGACCUGGGUGCAGUCGCAGACGACGUACGCGACGUUGUCGAGACGGGACGACGGGUCGUGGGGCGUCACGGUCGUGAAGCAGAAGAUCUGGGUCGACGGGGUGUCUUACGAGCUUCAGGAGAUCUUCGGCAUCGAGAACUGCGGGGCGAGUGGGAUGCCCGGGGCGGAGGCUGGCGACGACGGUAAGGAGUGCGUGGUGUGCCUUUCGGAGCCGCGGGACACGACGGUGCUGCCGUGCAGGCACAUGUGCAUGUGCAGCGGGUGCGCGCGAAUGCUGCGCCACCAGAACAACAAGUGCCCCAUCUGCCGCACGGUGGUGGAGUCGCUGCUGGAGAUCAAGGUGGCGACCAAGGCGGAGGGCGGCGCGAGCGCGUAGCGGGGAUCAUCCCGUUGUACUCUGAAUCUCAUGAAUGUAUGCGCGUC